ACCUUCCUCUCUUCUUGAACAAAGGCAUCAUUACAUUUCUCAUUUCAUUCUUUCUCAUCUCAUUCUUCCAAGCAUCUCCCUCUCUAUCUCUAAGUAAGGUAAUGGAGUCUCAGUCCAAUCCUGGAUUUGAUGGAACACAAGGGGCUGCAAACCAAGCACGCACUGUUGCAGCAUCAUCGUCGAGCCCUGUAAGAUUACCUGGUUAUGUUCUGCGUGGUAUUGCGAUCGUUCUGACGUUCAUUUCUGCGAUCGUGAUGGGUGUCGCCAAGCAGGAUAUUACAUGGAUCGUUCAAAGUGAUUCUACUACUACAAGUUCCUACAAUGCAUCAAUCAAGUCAAUCUACUCUGCUGCAUAUGUGUACUUCAUAGUGGCCAAUGUGCUCGUAUUCGUCUACACUCUGAUAUCCCUACUGAUAACACUUGCGAACAGAUUUGGCUCACCUAGCAUGGAGCUCCCCUUGAACGUUGCCGAUCUUCUGAUGGUAGUCCUCCUCUUCUCAAGCAAUGGAGCGGCGAUCGCAAUUGAUAUUGUGGCUGAACAUGGCCAAUCACGCUUUGGAUGGGAUAAAUUUUGUUAUGCCGUUCAUAAAUUUUGCGGGCAUGUUACAGCAUCCAUCGUCUUAUCGAUGAUCGCAUCUCUAGCUUAUGCGGUACUCGUUAUGAUCACAAUGGUUGGCCUUCACAAGAGAUAUCAGUAAAAUUUGAGAUGAGUGAUUUUAUCUAGGUUUGCUUGUCUAUAUGUUUGUUUGUUUUGGAGGAGUGGAAUUGUAUUUGAAAAUGUUGUGUGUUAGGUAUUAUUUAUUCAUAUUCAUGUUUGCAGUUUGUCAAAAUUGGGUGUAACAUUACAUUAAUAAGAUAUCCUGUUCUGAAAAACUUAAA